CCCGGAGCAGGAAGCUGCCACCGCUCGGCCCCUCGUGUGCCGCCGCCGGGCUCGCCGCCCGCACCCGCCGUCGGGGGCACCCGCGCCCGCCGCGCCCUCCGCCAGCACAGCUUUUUUGCUUUUUUUUUUUGUUGUUUUACCAGCUUUAUUCCUCUUUUGUUUCCUGCCCUCUGACUCCUCCGCACUCGCACUUGGAAGGACACCGCCGGGGGUCGCGGCGGCUGCACUCGGGGUGCCCUCGACACCGGGCGGGCUCCGCUCCGCUCCGCCGCUGCCCGCGGGCGCUGCCGCCAUGAGCGCCCCGGCCCCCGAGCCCGGCCCGCAGGACGGGGACCCCGGGCACGGCCCCGGCACGGCCCGGCCGGGCAGCCCGCAGGAGGAGUUUGACUUCUCCAUCCUCUUCGACUACGACUACCUGAAGCCGAUCGAAGAAGAACCGACUCCACAUAAAACCAACAGCCCACCCUCUGGAGUUACAUACGCUCAUGAUGUCUUGGACUGUGGCCUCAAGCCAUGCCCCCUGCCUUUUCCUAGCCUUUCUGCAGAUCCCAUGGGCAGAUAUGGACAGCCAGAUAGUAGCAUAGGGACAACACCUACACACCCUGCCAACGCUGCAGGGGCCUCUGCUCCGAGCCCUAGGAUUGAAAUUACUCCAUAUCAUGAACUGAUUCAUUCAGGGGGUCCCUUCCGCAGCAGAGACACAGAUGUUCUUUUGGUAGAACAUCAGUCAAACUCAGCCACCACUAGCCCAAGGGUUACCCUGCCUGUCCCUGGCUUUGAGGGCUACAGAGAACCACUGUGUCUGAGCCCAGCUAGUAGCGGCUCCUCUGCAAGUUUCAUUUCAGAGACAAAUGUAUCUCCUUGCACGUCACCAUGUGUUUCACCAAAUAAUGGUCCUAGUGAUGACCUUUGUCCACAGUUUCAAAACAUCCAUACUCAUUAUUCUCCUAGAACCUCUCCAAUAAUGUCACCACGAACAAGCAUCACGGAGGAAACCUGCUUGGGACGACAUUCACCAUCACCCCGUCCCAACUCAAGGUCUUCAUCACCAGGUGCAAAACGGAGGUACUCUUGCACUGAGCUCUACAGCACUCAGCUGCCUUCCACCUCUCCACGGCAGUCACGGACCCCCUCUCCACAAUCCUCUCCUCGCAUCCCCUUGAGAGAAGACAACUCUUCAGUUACUUACACACAGCUGGCCAGCGCUCCUCUUUCCAUGGAUGCUAUGAGCAGCCUUCCUACGGAUCCUUCCUGUGGUGUUCCCACGAAAAUUUGGAAAACCAGCCCUGAUCCUUCAUCAAUGUCUUCCCACAAAAACAGCAUUUCAUGUCACGUCUUUCAGACUGUUGACUUCCACGGGCCUUGUGAGCAGGAGGACAGGAGAAACUCAGCCCCAGAAUCAAUUCUGUUGGUACCUCCAUCCUGGACAAAGCAACUGGUGCCUGCAAUCCCUAUCUGCAGUUUGCCUGUUCAGUCGCUCCCGCCCCUGGAGUGGCCCCUGUCCAGCCAGUCUGGCUCCUACGAGCUGCGGAUCGAGGUGCAGCCGAAGCCCCAUCACCGCGCCCACUACGAGACCGAGGGCAGCCGCGGCGCCGUCAAGGCUCCGACCGGGGGCCACCCCGUGGUCCAGCUUCACGGGUACAUGGAGAACAAACCCUUGGGUCUGCAGAUCUUCAUUGGCACAGCAGACGAGCGGAUACUCAAACCUCACGCCUUCUACCAAGUCCAUCGCAUUACGGGAAAAACUGUCACCACCACCAGCUACGAGAAAAUCAUCGGCAACACCAAAGUUUUAGAGAUCCCACUGGAACCCAAAAACAACAUGAAAGCAACCAUCGACUGCGCGGGGAUCCUGAAGCUGCGCAACGCGGACAUCGAGCUGCGCAAGGGCGAGACCGACAUCGGCCGCAAGAACACCCGCGUGCGGCUCGUCUUCCGCGUCCACAUCCCCGAGUCCAGCGGCAGGAUCGUUUCCCUGCAGGCGGCAUCCAACCCCAUAGAGUGCUCCCAAAGGUCUGCUCAUGAGCUUCCAAUGGUUGAAAGACAAGACAUUGACAGCUGCUCUGUUUAUGGAGGACAGCAGAUGAUCCUGACUGGACAGAAUUUCACAGCAGAGUCCAAGGUGGUGUUCACAGAAAAAACAUCAGAUGGGCAGCAGAUCUGGGAAAUGGAGGCAACAGUGGACAAAGAUAAGAGCCAGCCUAGCAUGCUUUUUGUAGAAAUACCUGAGUACCGUAACAAGCACAUCCGCACAGCCGUGAAGGUGAACUUCUAUGUCAUCAAUGGGAAGAGAAAAAGAAGCCAACCCCAGCAUUUUACCUACCAGCCAGUACCAUCAAUCAAAACAGAGCCCAUUGAUGACUAUGAUCCAGCCAUAAUCUGCAAUACAGUACACAGUGGUCUGGGAACAGUAACACAGCCUUACUAUUCACAGCACACAAUGGUCACCGAGUCCCCUUCCUGCCUUGUGCCCACUAUGGCCCCUUGCCAGCAGCUGCGCUCAGGCCUUUCCUCUCCUGAUUCUCGAUACCACCAGCAGAACCCGGCCGCUGUGAUCUACCAAAGGAGCAAGAGCCUGAGCCCCAGCCAGCUGGGCUACCAGCAGUCCAACCUGAUGGCUGCACCAGUUGCCAUUUCAGAUGCCCACAGGUCAGUGCUGGUGCACACAGGUUCCCCAGGCCAAACUCCGGCGGUGCUCCACCACUCUCCAGGCAACCAGCAGUCAUCUCCUGUGAUUCACUAUUCUCCAACCAACCAGCAGCUGAGGUGUGGAAGUCACCAAGAGUUUCAGCACAUCAUGUGCUGUGAAAAUUUUACAUCCAGUGUUGCAAGAUCCAGCCAGCCCCAGGUCAGUCAAGCACAAAGGUUAAGCCCGAGCUCGUACCCGACGGUGAUUCAGCAGCAGGCAGCCUCGGGCCAGCGAGCAGCAAAAAAUGGACCACCAGGGAGUGACCAGAAAGAGGUGCUACCAGCGGGAGUCACCAUCAAACAGGAACAGAACCUGGACCAGGCCUACCUGGAUGAUGUUAACGAAAUUAUCAGGAAGGAAUUUUCUGGACUCCCUGCCAGAAGUCAGACAUAGAAGAAGAGAUUUGUGAGACAACUUUUACCGAAUCCUUCCAUAACUGACCUCUUAGGUCCUUCCAGUGCCCCUGCAACCUCCAGCUUCCUUUACAGUUCAUCUCAAUGCAAGGAACAAUGUAUUGGCAUCAAGUGACAGCCUUGACUAAGCAACUUGCCACCUCUCUCUGUAAACACCGAGAAGGACACCCUUCCUUUCCUCCAAAGAUUGUAUUGUUCUCAUGUAACAGAGCAUCUGUCUGAGGAAACACUUCAAGCCUGCUGCAAAAUAUCUAUGUAUUGAUCUAUCUUAGUGCUGAGGGAGAAGUGAUCUGUCACUCCUGAACCACACAAAGCAAGGGAGGUCGUGCAUUAGAGCUUAUUUGGGUGGGGUGGGAAAUGGGGGAAGAAAGAGUAAUAUAUUCCAUUAAAGAAUAACAUGAUUUGCAGGUCACUAGCAAGGACUUGCCCUCCAGGUCUCAAAGCCCUUCUGAGAAAUUCUAUUAUUGUAGGAAACUGAGGCAACCCAAGCUUACUCAGCCUUUAUCCAACCUGGGAUCAAAAGCCAUUUUUUUCUGACUCUGAGCACUGUGAUUGGUAUUUCAAACAGUAAAUGUCAGCUGAAUCCAGGAGUUUUCUUCAUUUUUCAUGUCAAACUGGAUAGGAAUUUGAAGGAGAGGGAUUCUCACUGAGAACCAGUGAAGAAGAACAACUCAGCAGUUGCAACACCUGUCCCAAGGUAAAAUAAAGGCAGAUAAAAUAGAGAUUAAUAUCUAGGAGUCACAGUAAAUCCAAAGAUUUUAUGACUGAUACUUAUCAAUAUUUAGGCAGUGUAUGAACACAACUUAGAUAUUUUCUCUCUAACAAAUUGUUGCUGUUUCUUUUCAUGUAGAACCUGCUGUUGGCCUGUAACUUGUCUCAUUGUCUCAUUUAGCAGCUGGAACAUUUAAUCACCCCAAGCUGCAGAGGAAAAUAAUUGCAUCCUACAGAAGCCAUACAUUCCAUAAAAAAUAUACACUUACUUAUAUUCACCUUGUCUCUUUAGCUUUGCAAAGCUACCAGCAAUCUCUGGAAAAGUUACAUUUCCACGUGAGUUAGUAUUUUGUUGUGUUUUGCUUCAUGUGUUAGAAUAGAUUGUGCUGACACUGCUUAUCACAAUACCAGGUAACCGCUGCCACCUGCAGUUGUACAUCUACAAGUCAGAACACUUUGGAGUGUCGGUGCCUCCACGGGGGGAUAAAAGGACAUCCUGAGUGGAUAAUCGAUGUGCAGUAAAAAACAGCCAUAAUAUUUAAGGAAAUAGGUUUUAUGAAUGAGGAACACUGAUACCUUUAGGAGUGUGGAGUCUGCUCUCUGUUCUAAAAAGUGCAGUGAAAUUAAUCCUGUUUUCGGUUGUUUCCCGGUAAACUUUGCUGAAUACCAGCGUGUCCAUGUGCUCACAGCAGGAAUUACAUUAUGGGAAUGCAGCAGAGCAGCCCCAAAGUUAGUUCCCGAAUGGCUCAAGACAGAUCUUGCACAAUCCCUGCAGAGUUUGUGCUCAGUCCCACCAAAAUCUCUUUGUGAGAUUGAGUUUGUAUUUUCUACCACUAAAAGCUGGUGCUUAAACUCUGCAAGGUCUUGGGGUUUAGAGUGGGAGGCAGAUUUGGACUCUCCAGAACACCUGACCUGGGUCUCAACAGGUCUGGAUCUGAAACAGAAAUCUGACUUUCACAAUUCAGAGCAGCUCUAAACUCUGGAUUCAGCCCAGCCCGGCUCCAGAACCCAAGCAGAGCCCUGCACAUCCCAACCUGGCGUUAAUAACACACCCUGGGGACUUGGCUUCUGUUUCCACUUGGUGAGAUUCAAAUCUUUUGUCCCAGAAUGAGUCCCCCGUGUCCCAUUUCAGCAACACCAAAAACUCCCUGGCUGCCUCAGUUGUGGUGCUCAUGUUGUGAGCUCCACACGUUGCAGCAGCACGACUGGUGAGAUGGCCCAGCCUCAGCCUGUACCUGCAGAGGUGAAAAUGGCCUCUUUUUUUACUGCUGACUUUUAUAGAACCAAAACUGAGGCCCAGACCAGCUGAAAGGACUCCAGCACAGGGGAAUUACUGUUAAACAGCGCUCACAGAGUACUUUGACUGGCUCACAUGCCUCAAAUAAGCUAUUUUGGAUUGUUUUAAGACUGUCAGUGUGCCAGAAUCUGACAGACAUAGUGGAUUUUUAAUGCAGUCUGAUGGACAUAUUCUAAAGACCAAAAGUUCCCUGUCAGGAGUUCUUUGCUGCAGCUGAGUAAAAGAAUAGACCAAAUGUGUCUCCCAGUUUCACACUUGGAAGUAUUAACAUAUCUUUCCCUGGUCCAACCUGUAAAGUAUUUAAAAUUUAAAAACAAUUAAACAAGCAAAUAAACCAAAAACCCACUCACAGAAAACCAGAAAAUCCCAAAGAACUGACAGAACCUUUUCCUUUGCUGGAUUUUAAAUAGAAUCUCAAGAACAUAGAGGUCUUUUAAGAUCUGUAGGUGUGCUGAUGCUGUCUAUAAGUAUAUUUGGUGAUUGUAGCAACUGCUCAUCAAUUUAGGAGUAUAAUUUUUUGCAUAUUUAUUUUUACAGUAAUAUCAGUCAAGAAAAGAAGGGAAAAAAGGAAAAUCUAGUGCUGGAUAUGAGCAAACAGGAAAGUCAAGGGUUAAGUUCUGCCUUAUGUAUUGUAGAUGCUGAAAUGUCCUUUUAAUACAUCACAAAAGGAAAGAAUAGCUGAAAGCUGCAGCAUUUGGCCAUGCAAAAUAGGUUGUAGACUUGUAGCAAAGGCUUUUCAGUGGUCAGAGGGCCCCAGGCAGGCAAACCCCUGAGCCCUUGCAGUGCUCCAUGAACUCCUGUUCAGGACACACCCAGGACACCUGGGCUCUGUAACCAAAAUGUACAUUUCCACUGUGCUUAUAUGUUCCUUCAGGCACUUUGUUUUUGAGGAGAGAGUGUUUGGAGUUUGUUGUUUGUUUUUUUUUUAAAUGUGCUACAGGUGCUUUUGUUGCUCUUGCAUUAGCUAUAUUCCUUCCUCAUUUUUAAUGCAUAGAUAUUAAUCUGUUUGUGUGUUUGUGCAGGUGCAUAUACAUGUAGUUUAUAUAAUAUACCCACAUAGACAGGGGCUAUUUCCAAGGGCCUGAAGUGACAGGGCAAGGGGGAAUGGCUUCAAACUGACGGAGUAGUUUUAGGUUGGAUAUUAGGAAGAAAUGCUUCCCUGUGAGGGUGGUGAGGCCCUGGCACAGGUUGCCCAGAGAAGCUGUGGCUGCCCCAUCCCUGCAAGUGUCCAAGGCCAGGUUGGACAGGGCUUGGAGCAACCUGGGCUAGUGGAAGGUGUCCCUGCCCAUGGCAGGGGGUGGGACUGGAUGAGCUGCAAGGUCCCUUCCAACCCAGACCAUUCCUUGAUUCUCUGAUCUGUCUGGGUACAUUGUAUAAAUAUGAUUUUCUAUGAACACACACAACCCCAUUACAACGCUGGGUCACGAUCCUGUCCUGGCUCCAGCCCCGUGUGAGCAGCACAUGGAGCCAGGACUGAGGGUUCAUACCAUGUACAUACUAUAGACUACAUUUUAGUGGUUUUAUUUACAGCUACAUGAGGUCAGGCUGUGCUGCCCUAUCUACUUGCAACCAGUAGUUAAAUAAUACAGCUUUAACCAACUUUGUAUUUAUUUCUGGAGAAAAGGAGCAUCCUCAGACAUAGUGUUAUGCAUUGUUGUCUCUUUUUAAAAUGAAAACUGAUACAUUAAAAUUAUAUAGCUUGGCUGAGGAACCUCAAAAUAUACAGUACUAAAUUAUUUCCUGUUCUUGCUGAGCAGUGUUUUUUCAGUAUUAAUAUUUUUGUUACUUAAUACAACUUGCUCUCUUUCUGUAGAAACAUGAGCUUAACCUUGGAAGAGUUAAUACCAUUUUGUGAGUAAUUUGUUCUCACUUUAUCUGGAAGAUAGCCAUAUUUGCACAUGAGGAAAUUCUGUCUUUCCUCAGUUAUCUGAAUGUUUCACCACAGUGCCUUCCUGCCAUUGUACCAAAGGCCUACAAAUAUCUUGUCUACAGGGUGAACAACUCUAAUGCAUUUUCCAUCAAAGUUACACCAUGCAAAGUACAUGGGGCUCGUUGGAACUCAAAAGUUCAUCUCUUUUUGUGUGUGUGUGUGUGUUGUUUUUUUUUUACUUUCAUUUUUCCAUCCAAGCUUUGGCUGCGAAUACAGGAUGAGCUUCUAUAAACUUCUGCAUCAAAUAUACGUAGAAUAAAAAUCAUCAUUCAUGAUAUGUAAACAGUCUGAGAGUGGACUGGGAGUGGACAGACAUCAGGAAGAUUUUUUUCUUUUUGUCAGUUAUGAGUGUUGGAAGUCGAGUUUGCCAGGAGGGGAAUUGCUUGUGAAGAUACUUGCAAUGAAAUAUGAAGUCCUGUUUUUGUUUUUCUCCAUGAGAAUGAGCAGAAUGUGAGAUCUGAGCAACAACAAUGGAGUGAAAGUGUCUCAUGUAUGUGUUUUUAUGGUAGAAAGAAUGUAGAAGAGUCAUGGUUUUUGCACUUGCUUUAUUUGUAUCCAUGUAAAUAUGUAUCACUUCCAUGCUCCUUGUAGGAAUACAGCAUUUUCUGAAUGUAGAAUAUUUCCCAAACCAGCACUAUGUUAUUCUCUAUUGUAUAAAAAGCUGCUGCUUGAUAACAUAUCUAAACCAGUUCUCAGAGUAGCUAGCAUGUUUUUAAAGUAUAUUUUGUAGUCCAUAUCUUUACAAAAAAGUGACUAUGCUUUUUGUCUGACCAAAUAUGCAACACUUUUUGGAUUAAGGUUAGUAUUUAUAAAGGAUCGAUUUUCAUUUUCUCAAUGCCUUAAUUUUCUAUGCAAUUGUUGUUGAAUUGUUACCGUCUUAAAAAAAAACAUGUAUUUGAUAGAUUUCCCAAAGACUUCAAAGAGAGCUUUAAAUGCUUGAGAAAUAUGUUUCUAAAUAUUUCAAUCUGACUUUUCCCCCUGCAUUUCUUUCCAAAUUGCUACUUAAUAGGGAACAAUUAUCUGCCAGAUGGGACUCCAGAAAAUGACUGUCUUAAUUUCAAAUCUUAAACUGAUUCAGAUCCUCAUAGUUUUUGCACCACUUAAAGUCAUCUGACGCUCCAAUUUAUCUGCAAUUCUGAGUGUUUGUUAUUUAUGUUCCACAUUCCUGUGCAAUAGGAAGAGAUGCUGAUAUUGGGUCUAGAUGGGCUGAAUUGAAAAUUUCUCAUCGUUUACAUUGCAGUGGUUUCUUACUUGUAAGAGUAAGGCAACACUCUGCUGUCACACAUGGAAGGUUAUAAUUCUUUAUUCAUCUCAGUUCGGAAUGAACAAUCCACCUUUUUGUAUGUUUGCCAUAAGAUUGACAUCUGUACCUUUAAUAUCUGCUCCUUUGUAAGUGCAGUGGGUGGCAGCUGAUAGCGAUUUGUUAAACUGCCUGUCAGUGUCCAACCCACUCUGGGCUGUUUAAGGUUUGUUUAACCAUUUUUAUUGUUUCUGGGGUGCAAAAAAUAUGACUUAGCCCCUGACCCACAUUGCAGUAAAUUUCAAAUGAAGGUGCUGAUGCUGUGAAAGAUGAUAUCAGCUGCAAAAAGAGUGGUUAUCUGGGGAAUGGUGGUUUGAGUUCCUUGUCAAUAACUCCCAUAAAAUAGCAAAAUGGAGUAGAAAGUUCUACAAUGACUGUCACAAAAAUGACUAGUGAUUUAUGUGUUUGUAAUAGCCCAGAAAUCCUCAGAUAUGCUGUUGGAAUCCUCAGCUGUUCCAGGAUUGAGCUGCCCUCAGUUUAGUGGUGCUGAGCAGCACCUGAAGCACAGGUGGUGUGAGACCAACGGGGAGUGGAGGGACAGCUCAGUAUGAACAGUGAUGGCCUGACUGGGACUCACAGAUCUGUGUGUUUGAGUGUGUGUGUAUAAUUCUGAAGUGAUUCCCCCCUGAAGUCCAACACCCCCUGGAGCCCUGCCCUGGAUGUUCAGGUAAAGUCAUAUGUUAACAGACACAGGAGUGAGCACUUGUCACUCAAAUCACCCUAACAGAUGUCUUUUGAAUCAAAUUGCUAGUUCAAAAUCCUAACUUCCACAACUGAAAAGGGGGUUCUGUCAUUCACAUUCCUACAACAACGUUGUUAACCUCCAAUGUAAUGAUUUUUUUUUUCUAUCUGUAAAAUAUUUUUAUAUAUUGCUUGUAAUAUGGUAGAUUAGCAAUAAAUGAAAGGGCAUCAUCUGCUGCAA